CUCGCGCGUGCGCACGGCGCCGGCCCGGCCGCACUCCGCCGUUGUCGCCGUAGGUGGGUGGGUGGGGGGCAGGGAGCGAGCGCGGCGGCGAGGAGGAGGAGGAGGAGGGAGGAGGGGGGGGUGAGAGUUGAGAGUUCAGACGCCGCUGCCGCCGCCAGCUCGGACUCAUGAUUCCCAUAUGCCCGGUAGUUUCGUUCACCUAUGUGCCCAGCCGGCUGGGAGAAGAUGCCAAAAUGGCCACCGGCAACUACUUUGGAUUCACCCAUAGCGGGGCUGCUGCUCAGUACAGCCAGCAGCCUGCUUCGGGUGUAGCCUAUUCCCAUCCAACUACAGUUGCUAGCUACACUGUCCACCAGGCCCCAGUCGCUGCACACACGGUUACUGCAGCCUAUGCCCCAGCAGCAGCUACGGUUGCAGUAGCCAGGCCUGCUCCAGUAGCUGUCGCAGCUGCUGCAACAGCUGCUGCAUAUGGAGGCUACCCAACGGCACACACAGCUACAGAUUAUGGUUACACACAGAGGCAACAAGAAGCUCCACCACCACCACCUCCUGUCACUACACAGAAUUACCAGGAUUCCUACUCAUAUGUUCGAUCUACUGCCCCAGCUGUAGCUUAUGACAGCAAACAAUACUAUCAACAGCCAACAGCAACUGCUGCAGCUGUGGCUGCUGCUGCCCAGCCUCAACCUUCAGUAGCUGAAUCAUACUACCAGACAGCUCCAAAAGCAGGAUAUAGCCAAGGGGCAACUCAAUAUACUCAAGCUCAACAAACGCGACAAGUGACAGCUAUAAAACCUGCAACCCCAAGUCCAGCAACAACUACAUUUUCCAUAUAUCCAGUAUCCUCUACUGUGCAGCCAGUAGCAGCUGCAGCUACUGUUGUUCCAUCCUAUACUCAAAGUGCAACGUACAGUACAACAGCGGUUACUUACUCUGGUACCUCUUAUUCUGGCUAUGAAGCUGCUGUGUAUUCAGCUGCAUCGUCCUAUUACCAGCAGCAGCAGCAGCAACAGAAACAGGCAGCAGCAGCUGCUGCUGCUGCUGCUGCAACAGCUGCUUGGACAGGGACCACCUUUACUAAAAAGGCACCAUUCCAAAAUAAGCAACUGAAACCAAAACAACCUCCGAAACCACCCCAGAUCCACUACUGUGAUGUUUGUAAGAUCAGCUGUGCUGGACCACAGACUUACAAAGAACACUUAGAAGGCCAGAAACACAAAAAGAAAGAAGCGGCAUUAAAAGCUUCCCAGAACACCAAUAACAGCAGCACUUCUGCUCGUGGAACUCAGAAUCAGUUGCGCUGUGAGCUUUGCGAUGUGUCUUGUACAGGAGCAGAUGCGUACGCUGCCCACAUCCGUGGAGCCAAACACCAGAAAGUAGUAAAGUUGCACACAAAACUUGGCAAACCCAUUCCUUCAACUGAACCAAAUGUGGUUACCCAGGCAACUUCCUCAACAUCCACAUCUGCUUCCAAACCAGCUGCGUCUGCUUCAAAUAUAGCAACUAGCAGCAGUACUGUGAACUCCUCUGUUGCAUCCUCUGCAGUGAAAAUUCUUACUCCCACGACAAACACACCACUUAACACGGCGUCCAACAACAAAACAUCUUCAACUGCUGCUAAUAUAGCUGUAAAGAAAAUAUCUACACCGAAAAUAAACUUUGUUGGCAAGUACAGAAGUGGUAAUAAGCUUCAGACAACAGGAAGUAAACUGGAAGAAAUGAAAUCAGCAGAAAGUGUUAAAACAGCUCCUGUUGCCACGGUACAAACACAGGAAGUAAAACCAGACACAACAACUGAACCAGUGACUCCUACAACUCUUGCUGCCUUGCAAAGUGACGUCCAGCCAGUGGGCCAUGACUAUGUGGAGGAGGUAAGAAAUGAUGAAGGAAAGGUGAUCCGCUUUCACUGUAAACUUUGUGAAUGCAGUUUUAAUGACCCUAAUGCCAAGGAGAUGCACUUAAAAGGGAGGCGGCACAGACUUCAGUAUAAGAAAAAAGUAAAUCCAGAUUUACAAGUAGAAGUAAAACCCAGUAUUCGAGCAAGAAAAAUUCAAGAAGAAAAGAUGAGGAAACAGAUGCAGAAAGAAGAAUACUGGAGAAGGCGAGAAGAGGAAGAACGCUGGAGGAUGGAAAUGAGGCGAUAUGAAGAGGACAUGUACUGGAGGAGAAUGGAGGAAGAGCAGCAUCACUGGGAUGACCGUCGCAGAAUACCAGAUGGAGGAUAUCCUCAUGGUCCUCCAGGACCUCUAGGCCUGCUGGGAGUUAGGCCAGGAAUGCCUCCUCAGCCCCAAGGACCAGCUCCUCUACGCCGCCCUGACUCCUCUGAUGACCGCUACGUGAUGACCAAACACGCGGCAAUAUAUCCAACAGAGGAGGAACUUCAGGCAGUCCAAAAAAUUGUUUCUAUUACUGAGCGUGCUUUGAAACUUGUUUCUGACAAUAUGACUGACCAUGAAAAAAACAAGAGCAAAGAGGGAGAUGAUAAAAAAGACAGCAGUAAAGACAGAGCUCUGAAAGGAGUUUUACGGGUAGGCGUUUUGGCUAAAGGUUUGCUGCUCCGUGGAGACAGAAAUGUCAAUCUUGUUUUGUUAUGUGCUGAGAAGCCUUCAAAGACGUUACUCAGUCGUAUUGCUGAAAGUCUUCCCAAACAACUUGCAGUAAUAAGUCCUGAGAAAUACGAUAUCAAGUGUGCAGUCCCAGAAGCAGCAAUAAUUUUAAAUUCAUGUGUGGAACCCAAAAUGCAAGUUACUAUCACGCUGACAUCUCCAGUCAUUCGGGAGGAGAACAUGAGGGAUGGAGAUGUAACCUCGGGUAUGGUGAAAGACCCACCGGACGUCUUGGACAGGCAAAAAUGCCUUGACGCUCUGGCUGCUCUACGCCACGCUAAGUGGUUCCAGGCUAGAGCUAAUGGUCUGCAGUCCUGUGUGAUUAUCAUACGUAUUCUUCGUGACCUCUGUCAGCGUGUUCCAACUUGGUCUGAUUUUCCAAGCUGGGCUAUGGAGUUGCUUGUAGAAAAAGCAAUCAGCAGUGCUACUGGACCACAGAGUCCUGGGGAUGCACUUAGAAGAGUUUUUGAGUGUAUAUCUUCAGGAAUCAUCCUUAAAGGUGGCCCUGGCCUUCUGGACCCUUGUGAAAAAGACCCUUUUGAUACACUUGCUGUAAUGACAGAUCAGCAACGAGAAGAUAUUACUUCAAGUGCACAGUUUGCAUUGAGACUCCUUGCAUUCCGUCAGAUACACAAAGUUUUAGGAAUGGAUCCAUUACCGCAGAUGAAUCAACGCUUCAACAUCCAUAACAAUCGUAAAAGGAGAAGGGACAGUGAUGGGGUUGAUGGAUUUGAAGCAGAGGGAAAAAAAGACAAAAAAGAUUAUGAUAACUUUUAAAAAAAGUUUGUCAUUUUAUUCUAGGAUUGAAGGUGAUAAAAAGUCCAUUUGUUGCCUUGCUUUUACUUCAUUCAUAAUAAUGUCUGUUUAAAACAUCCAAAACCACCUCGGGAAUUAGAUUUGGAAGAGAACAACGUAGCUCUUCUGUGAGGUUCUGAACAUUGUAAUGGAUGUGCCGUAUCAGACAAAUUAUGGAUGGAAAGACUACAAAUGGAAACUCUGUCAUUGGGGAAAAAAAUAGUUUGAGGUUUUUACCCUCAUUGCGUUUUCUUUAAAUGUGUUGCUAACUUCAGUAAAUUUUCUUUUUUUGUCCUUUUUUUUUAUUAACAAGUGCGUUGUCUUAUCUCAACUGUAUUUAAUGCAGCGUUUGUGCUUCUGUUGGUAUGUGUAUUUUGACAUUUUAUUUAGAAGUUUUUUUGUUUGCCCUUGACACUAGUUGUAUAAGUUACUUUGUGUUAGAUAGUAUAAACUGUUCCUCUCCCCAUUAAUAUUUCACAUAACUUUUUUUUUUGUAAAGUGAGACUGCAGGAUUGGUUUUUUUUCCUAAAUGUGAAGGGGUUACAACACAAUUAUCCUGCCAUUUGAGUGCUCAGAAUUAAAUGUUUUUGCCAAUCUUGUGGCAUUUGUCUUCUUAGUGUGAUAUAACAGUGUAAUUAAGACAAAUUUGUGUUAAUCUAAUCAAGUUUGCCGUUAGUUGUGCAUUAGCAGUAUAAAAGCUAAUAUAUACAGUAUGGUCUUGCAACAGUUUUAAAGCAGCUGCAUAAUUGAUCAAAGUUUUGCAUGAUGUUUUUGUUUUUGAUAGAAGGGCUUUUAAAACUAUAAUUUUAGAUUAAAUGCGUAGUUCUUCGUAUGAUUGACUUUGUGACAUAGCAAGGCCAAAAAAUAACUUUCUGAAUUUCUUUUCUCAACAUAUGAGCAGAAGCGGGCAUUUCCCAUUUGGACAAAGUUAGUCAUUCUUUUCAAACAACUUUGUCAAUAUGAUAUUAAUGCCUCUCAGCCCUUAAAAAAUAAAUGUUUGUCAUAUCAGUGCCUGUGAGGUUAUUCCUUAUAGCUAUUCCUGUAUAAAAUUUCUGUGAUUUUUUUCAAUAAUUCAAAUUUUAAAAGUGAAGUAUUACUAAGUGAAGGUUAUCAAAGUAAAAACCCAGAAAAUUAUUUGAUGUGGCCAUAGUGUAUGCUUAUGUCUCUUUCAAAAAGCUAAAUAUAGCAGUGGUGUAAGUAAAGUUACAUCAUACUGUUGAUGUAUGCUCUGGUACACAGGUGUGAUUUGUUGUCACAGCACUACAGUGGAAUACUCGAAUAAAAACUAAAAUUUAUUAAAUGACUUAAAUUCAUUAUACACUGGAAACUGAAGUUUCAAUUACUCUGUUCAAUGUGUAUUAUGCUUUGUUGCAAACCCAUAAAACACACAGAUAACAUAGACUAACAUUCCGGUAUCUAAUCACUGGCUGUAUGAGAGUAUCAGGCAUCACAAAUAUCAUUUGUUGUUUCUGAUACAGUUUAUUAAAAAAAAAAAACAUUUUGUUCCAGUUUGUGGUUGAAUUUAUCUUUGACCUUUUUAAAUAAAAUAAGUUUUGGAGUAGGGGGAUACUUUUGUCUUGCAACACCCACUGCUAACAGCAUGGGUCUAUGGAAUGCAAAUAAAAUAUUUUAGAAAAUAGAAGCAGUCUUAAAGAAAAAUGUUAAUACAGUGUUCUUCAAGUAUCAGAGUGCAAUUUUAAAAGGAGUGAGUAUUAGUGGUGAGCAAAUAAAGAGAAAACAUUCUCAUUGUAAGAAAGAUUUCUUAAAUAAUUUCAGUAUCAGAAAUACAGUAAUUAGUGUGUGCUUUAAAAUUCCUUUUAAAAAAAAAAAAUUACACUAGUUUCUGUUGUCCAACCUUGAGGCGUAACUUCCAAGUAUGUGCUUGUUCUUAGUCUUUUUUUUUUUCUUUUUUUUUUUAAGAGGAGGAUGUCUUGGUGCCAUGGUGUCUAGUUAGCCAUUACUAUUUAUUUUGAAAGCUACAGGUGCUAUUCGUGUGGCUAGUUCAACUCCAUACCAAAGUUUCUUUCCUCAUAAAGCUAAAACUUGUCUAUUCAGGCAUGGGACCCUCAACUUUAGGAUUAAAAAGGUCAAAGAUGUAUUUUGGAUUUCCUGUAUUUUUGUUCUGCUGGCUUUUAUCUCUUAACCAGUUUCUGGAUCUUUUGAAAUAUUGUAUACUUAAAGUGAUUCCACAUUAAAUAUGAAGCUGUGACCAUGA